CCGCAGAGAAUUGAGUUUGACGGGGUCCGAGGUGGUGGUGCGCGCUGAGCCGAGCGAGAUUUCUUUGACGAAUCUAAAGGUGUCCUCCAGCAAGGCCGGGGACAGUCGCGAGAGGACGCGGAGAUAUGGUUUCGAUUAUUGCUUCGACUCGUCGGAUCCCGAAGCGAAGAAUUACGCCGAUCAAGCGACGAUCUACGAGACCCUCGGCCAAUCUAUCCUGGACGCGAUGUUCACCGGAUAUAAUGGUUGCCUGGUGGCUUAUGGACAGAGCGCUUCCGGCAAAACGUACACCAUGAUGGGGACAAAGGAGGAUCCGGGACUCAUCCCACGGCUCUGCGAAGGAAUCCUUUCGAGAGUCGAGCAGGAAAGCAGCCGGGAGAAGGUCCAUCGCGUGACUGUUAGGUAAAAAUGUGUAGUCCGACGAAAACUUUUUCUACUGUUCAGCGACGAAACACGCGUGCGAAAGUUCGUUAAUCCGCAACUUUAAAAGUUCGCUUUCGUUCCGCUCGCGUUCCGCGUCGUUUGCGCGAAGAGCGUGAGCACACAAUCACGCUCAGCGAACGUUUCACUCGACGUUGCGAUUGUUUCUCACUUUACUUUUUAU